AUGAAGCGGGCCACGGUUGCAAUCGUGGUCUGCCUUGCAACCUUCAUUCCGACAAAGUACUGUUUGGACAAUGGACUCGCCCGCACGCCCCCUAUGGGUUACAAUACCUGGAAUGCAUUCCACGAGGAGAUCGAUGAGAAGAUGGUCAGAGAGUCUGCCGAGAUCCUGAUCAGUUCGGGGCUGGCAGCAGCAGGAUACAACUACUUCAACCUGGACGAUGGUUGGAACAUGAAGACCAGGGGAGUCGAGGGGCCCAUGGCUGUCAACUCGACGCGCUUCCCUUCUGGCAUACCUGCCCUGGCCGACUGGCUCCACAGCAAAGGGUUGAAGCUUGGGGUGUACAGCGAUGCUGGCAGCAUGACAUGCGCGCGUUUCGCAGCCAGCUUGGGGCAUGAAAAGGAGGACGCCAAGGUGUUUGCAGAGUGGGGUGUGGACUUCCUGAAGUACGACAACUGCUUUGCAACACCUAUGAGUGUCAGGGCGCGGUACGAGGCCAUGAGGGAUGCACUGAAUGCCACGGGGCGACCGAUGUUGUUCUCAAUGUGUGAGUGGGGCGUGUCUAGCCCUUGGGUGUAUGGCCACGAGGUUGGGCAUGCAUGGCGCACGACUAAAGACAUCAGCAUGGAGAUAGAGGCAACGUGGGCGGACGUUGUGGAGAAUCUGGAUGAGACGGCCGGCCUCGCGCGCUUCGCCGGGCCCGGGGGAUGGAAUGAUGCUGACAUGCUGGAGGCAACGCUGACAUACACGGAGCAGCGGUCGCACUUUGCGCUGUGGGCGCUCAUCAAAUCGCCGCUGCUCAUAGGAGCGGACCUCAGGAAGCUGAAGAAGGAGGAUCUGCUGCUGCUGAAAUCCAGGGAAAUAAUUGCUAUCAAUCAGGACCCCCUGGGAGUCGCGGGGGACCGCGUCUGGAAACAGGGCCCCUACGAAGUGUGGGCUGCGCCGUUGUUAGGGGGAGCUCGGGCAGUCGUGAUGUUCAAUCGCCACGUUGCGUCGGAGGAGAAAUUCGAGGAGCACAAUAUGACGCUGCACUGGAGCAUGAUCGGCUACCCAGUAGACAUGCAGGUGGUGGUGAGAGACCUGUACAAAGAGAGGGAUUUGGGGCGAUACACUGGGGAGCUGACGGAGCUGGUGGACGCGCACGGAGUGCUGGCUCUCAAGCUGUCACCAGUAAGGUGUGUCCCUGUUUUCUGCCCUUUGCCAGAGCCUGUUUGGGAAGUUUUCCAAACUGUCAGGACUGUCUUCAAGCGUCCCUGCCUUGCAUGUCGUGUAAUAUAUUGCCCCGCUUGA